ACCAAUGUUUUAAAAAAUAUGGAGGAUUAAUCACGGAAGUGAUUGACAACAAAUAACUUUAUGUGUACGACUGGUUGUGGCUCCUUGUCUACACACACCAGUACCAGUCCACGACUCAUGAUCUGACCCAUAAAGAUCUUAGUCUACAAAUAAAAAUGACAGUCCAACUCGCCUUCAAGGCGGUCGUCUUUUUAUUUGUAGCGCUUUUUGUUUGCUUAUCAUGGUCACAGUCACAACGACCGCCAAUCAAAAGUAUCAUGGGCAAUGUUGUGAUUCCCACAAAAUUUGGACCGAUAAGAGGUGUAACCUAUUCAUCACAGUAUGAAAACCUGCCUAACAGAUGGAUCAAUGCUUAUCUUGGCGUGCCCUAUGCUAAAACAUUAGAUCAAUAUGGGAGUGAGUGGAAAGAGAAAUACAGAUUUCAUAAUCCAGAUGAAGACCCAUUCUGGUAUGGAACUUAUGAUGCCACCAAACAUAAGCCAGCAUGCCCACAAAUGCCCUGGUUGGUUAAAGAAACAGUAUGGGAUUUUUCAGAAGUUGCUGAAGAUUGUCUCUACCUAGACAUUUACACACCAAAUAUCACAAAUGAGACACCUACAAAUAACCCAAAUUUGUAUCCAGUACUGGUGUUUUUCCAUGGAGGUGGUUUCAUAAUGGGCGCAUCUAAACAGUUUCCUGGUGUUUUUAUUGCUGAAAGAUUCAUUGUGAUUGUCAUUGUUAAUUACAGGCUCAAUGCUCUAGGUUUUUUCAGUACAGGUGAUCGCUAUUCAGCUGGCAAUUAUGGGAUGUUUGAUCAAGUAAAAGCACUGAAGUUUGUGAAAGCAAAUAUCAAGUCAUUUAGAGGGAAUCCAGACAAAAUUACCAUUAUGGGUCACAGUGCAGGUGCAGCCAGUGUUGGCAUGCAUAUUUUAUCACCCAGAAGUGUAGAUUUGUUCAAUCAAGCUAUAAUGCUCAGUGGAUCUGAGCUAAGUGAAUGGGCAGUGAUUUCUAAAGCUGAUGCCCGUGAAUAUGCACAGAGGUUGUGUAAACAGGUUGGAUGUCCAACUACAGACUCACAACAGAUGGUGGACUGCCUGCGCUACUACAGGAGCUUUGAGCAAAUAGUUAACGCUUCCGCAUUGGUAGCUAUGAUGCCGGGAAAAAUUGGCAAUCCUUGGGGUCCAGUAGUGGACGGAACUAUUGUGGGGGUGGAUUAUGCUUUCCUGCCAGAUCCACCAGCAGAUCUACGCAGACAGCUGAUCAAAAUGAAAGUUCCUCUUUUAGUUGGUCUCGUUCGUGAUGAGGGGGCUUAUUUCAUUCCGAAUCUACCCAACCUCAUAGAUGGAAUAACUGAGCCACAGUUUAAAAACAUCCUAGAUGAAUUCAUCAGAUAUAGAAAAAUUGAAGAUCCUAACGCCCUGUUUGAUGCCUUACAGUUUCAGUACACAUACUGGCCUCAACCUACUAACUACAGUUUUAUUAGGAAAGAACUCAUAGAGAUGAUGACAGACUACAUGUUUGGGGCUGCACUCAGUGAAACUGUCAGGCAACAUGUACAGUUCUCUACUGUCUUUGAAUAUGUUUUUGAGUACAGUUCAUUGAGAAAUUAUGUCCCUCAAUGGAGAGGUAUUGCUCAUGGUCAAGAUUUGGAUUACAUAUUUGGGUUCCCUUUUAUUAAUGAAACAUACAGAGAUUUACUGGGCUUAUACCCUAGACAGGAGUAUGACUAUUCUGAUAGAAAUAUAUCAGAGUUUAUGAUCAGUCUGAUCACAAAUUUUACUAGCACAGGGGAGCCGACACCAAAAACAGAGCAAAUUAAAUUUUUCCGAAACGUGACCUGGUGGCAUUACAACCUGGAGAACCACACCUACCUCAGCAUUAACAAUGUGUCAGAAAACAGGAUCAACUACAGACAAUCAGAUUUCCACUUUUGGAAUGACUUCUUCCCUAAGCUGGCUGGCUACUCACCAUACUACAUGAAGGAGAGUGUCACCACAGAUGCAGCUGGAGCAUCGACCUUUGAACUCUCAACUUGGGCUCUGACUGCAGGCGCCGGAGUGCUCCUCUUUAUUGUCAUUGCUCUCAUUGUUCUCUUGGUUUGCAGAUCUAGAACUAAAAAAUAUCCAAAGUAUGAUCCAAAGUAUGACCCAAAGUAUGAUACAUCCAGUUAUGAUUCCUCUCGAAGCAUAAGCAUCAUUGGAAAAAACAACAAAGCUUAUCAAACUACUGUCUAAUAAUAACCAUUGUUAUCAAUCUCAGCAAUACCUCAAUUCAUAUCCAACCAUUGUGAUAUUUGUUUUUGUUUAAAUGUACAUAAUUAAAGAGGUUUUAACCCAUUAAAUAAUAGCUAAAAGGCUGUUAUACACUGUCAGGUAUAUAAUUCAUGCUUGUAUAUGUUUAUUGGCAGUCUAUUUAUCUGGAGCAUUGGCAUAAUAGUUUAUACUGUUAGCUAAGCAUUGUUGAAUAUAUUUUGAUUGUUGAUAAUCUUGCAGUGUCUCAUUUUAUGCUGCUGAUUCAGACAAACCACUUAGAAGUUAGUGUGAAACCUUAACAUAUCAUUAUUUGUAUAUAUAUCUUGUGCAAUUUUAAUUGAAAUCUGAUUGAUUUUUUAAAAACAUUGCACUCAUCAGCAAAUGGCAGCCACUUAAUUUUUUCUGCCAUAAAACCCCCACAUUUAUUGAAUCACAUUACACAAAAGUGUUGUUGUUUUUUUUAGUCUUAGGAAUUAUACAUUAAUAUACAUGUAUGAUUUUAAGACAACAUAGAAGGAAGUCUUAUCCCAUUAAGUUUAAUAAGUAUCUAAAUAGUUCACCUGUCUUUGCUCCCCCUGCCCCUACACACUAGAUUAGGUUUUGUGGGUGUACCAACAGAAAUUAUAUUCAUUGUUUUAAAAUGACCAGUAAAGUUUAUUUAAUAUUAAAAAAUUAUUUUGAGAGUAAAACUGCACAGAUGAAAUAAUUAGCUUAUUUAUGUAUUCAUAAGUGAAACUGCUAUGAAAUAUAAUUUAGGCUAUCAUAAAAUAUUGAUUAUAAUUUACAUCAAUGAUGGUUUUUUAAAUAAAUAUUAUUAGUUAACUAUAAAUCUUUAGGCUGUAGUAAAUUUAGUUUAGGCUAAUUAAAAAAGAACGUAAUCUAAUUUUUAUAUUGUUUAGCUACUCAAUAAAGGUCCCAUCCGUUUCUAGUUUUUCGUAUAUUUACCUAAAAAGGCAUGCUUUUAAAAAAAUAUAGGUGGGUGCAAAAUUUAGUUAUUUUUGUAUUUAUUUUCCCUUCAGUUAUCCAAAGUACCGAUCGUCUGAAGUUAACAGCAGAAGAGAAGAGGAAAGCCUUAGGUAUACAUCAUGCUAGCCCCAAAAAAAAGAUAGUGCUGUUUUAGUUAUUAAAUUUCAUAGAUAAGAUAAUGUAUAUAUGAACCUUCCUUAUUCGUUUAUAAUUUGGCAAAAUAUGUACUAGUAAUUAUUUACUUGUUUAUUAAAAAAAAACAUUUAUUUUAAAUAACCUUAAAUAAUAUGAAAGAUGCUUUUUAAACUUAUCAAUGUAUUAGAAACUUAAUUUUUGGGAGAUAUUUUUCAGUACAUUUCAGUGUUCUCAAAAUAUAAUCAUAUUCAAUCCAUGGCUUUUGAAUUAUAAAGCCUUUUGUCUUCUUUGUAAAUAAUAGUUCUUGUGAAAAAUAUGCUUGUAAAUACUGAUAAAAUCAAGUUUUACCAUGUUUUAUACAGUCACCAUAGAAAUAACAAGAUUCUAAGUGAUGCAUUUUAUAUACGCUUAGUUAACAUUGUUAUUUUAAGGAGAUGAUACAUUAACAUUCCAUAAUAUAAAUCACUUUUAUACACAGCAUGUAUAUUUUUCUAAAUUUGCAGCAAUGUUUAUAUAAAUGAUGAAAAAUUGUGUGAAUUUAAAUUAAUCUUAAAUGUAUUUUAUUCUUUGUAAAUAUGUCUAUUAUUCUUUUAAAUUGUUCAUACUUGUAAAACAAAUAAUACUUUAUUGUAUUGACAUAUAAAUUGAGCAUAAAUGAAUACUGAUCUGAAUAAUCCUGCUCAUUGAAAGGUUGAAUUUCUCCCUUGUUUGUGUUAAUCAUUAUUAAUGUCCAAUAUAAACGUUAAAAGUAAAUUUUGUUUGUGUUGUAGACCAUAUUAAUGUCAAAUAUAUAAACGUUAAAAGUAAAUUAUGUUCAUUUGAUAAGUUACUCAAGUAGUUUAUGAAUCUUAAUCGGCUCUUUUUAUUAUUGUAUUAAUUUUUUUAGAAUAUUUUUUUUAAAUGACUUGCUCAAAUAAAAAAAUCAAUAUUUGUUCUAUCUGGUGUGUACAUAACAAUAUGUUUGCAUACUCAUAUUAUUGUAUUGUCCUUCUAUGUGUAAUAAAUUCCUUCUUUUGAUAAUUAACACAAAACCUUUAAACUGUUCAAUUUCAGUUUUGAACUAUGAUUUUUCUAUUUACUGUUAAUUAAAAAUUAAAAAGAUAGUUUAAUGAUUUUCUGUGGGAAGUAAUUAAGGUAUGACAUAGUUUAGGAUCUUACUCUUGUUUUUUUUAAUGCUAAAUUUCUGCUAUAAAGAAUGGUUUAUUUAAAAAGCUGAACUAACUGGCUUAAAAUUCAUAUCUAUAUAUAUAAUUCUCUUCUGGGAGCCGUUAGAAAACAAGCUGCAAGCGCCUCCUUGCAGUCCCCUCUCUUUCUCUCUAUCUCUAUCACUAUCACUACCACCCCCACCCCACCCCAAAUGUUCUGGUGAGCUGUGGUCACACUAAAUGUUUACAAAGCUAAAUGUUUACAAAUUGUAGAGCCGUAGAGUCUGGUUUCUAUUAGGGGCAGAUAAUUUAGUUCGAUUUUAAACUUACAGUAGGUAACUAAGAGGAGGCUGC